AUGCUGCAGCGAGGUGCGUGGGCCCUGCGCCCCAGCGCCAUCGCAGACGGCCAUUACCGCCGCUGCCGCUGCCGCUGUGGGCCCCCAAGGCGAGGCAGCAUACAGCUCAGCUGCACCACUUGCCCCAACAAGCAGCUGCGCUGGGUCAAGCUGCAGCUCACCAUCCUGCAGCUGCUGCUGCUGCUGCUGCUGCUGCUGCUGCUGCUGCUGCUGCUGCUGCUGCUGCUGCUGCUGCUGCUGCUGCUGCUGCUGCUGCUGCUGCUGCUGCUGUGCAGUCGCAGCAAGAUGCCGCCUUUGAAGGAGCUGCUCAAGCUCAAGCUGCUGCUGAAGCUCAAGCUGCAGCUGUUGCUGCUGUUGAAGCAGCACCUGGUGCUGCAGCCGCUGCUGCUGCUGCUGCUGCUGCUGCUGCUGCUGCUGCUGCUGCUGCUGCUGCUGCUGCUGCUGCUGCUCAUUCUGCUGCUGCUGCUGCUGCUGCUGCUGCUGCUGCUGCUGCUGCUGCUGCUGCUGCUGCUGCUGCUGCUGCUGCUGCUGCUGCUUCCCAAUCAACAAACGUGGUGGAAUUCGCGCCGCGGGAGCAGGAGCACCAGCUGA